GGCACUUCGGAUCCGGAAAACCAGAGCGAUUCUCAUCAGAGCACAAAGGCACUUCCUCCUCCCCUUGUGCGAAUGGGCCUCCGCUUCGCCCACCUCGCCGGCGGGGUCGCCCGAGCCGCCUUCUCUCGCCGUGGGCCACACCUCUCCCCAGCGUGCGCCCGCCGCGUGCUCGCCCCUCUCGCCUCGCCGGGUGAGCCAAGGGGCGGCAACUGGCUCGUCCCUGCCCGCGGCCACGGUGGCCACUCCCACCACCACGGCGAGGAAAGCGGCGAGGCGUCUGAGAAGAUCUUCCGCUUGGGCUUCGCUGCUGACGUCGUCCUCACCGUAGGGAAAGCCAUCACCGGUUACCUCUCCGGCAGCACGGCCAUCACCGCCGACGCCGCUCACUCCCUCUCUGACAUCGUGCUGAGCGGGGUGGCUCUGCUGUCGUACAAGGCGGCCAAGGUACCUAGAGACAAGGAUCAUCCGUAUGGUCAUGGAAAGUUCGAGAGUUUGGGAGCUCUUGGAAUUUCAAGUAUGCUGUUGAUUACUGCAGGUGGGAUCGCCUGGCAUUCUUUUGAAGUUCUUCAGGGAGUUAUGUUUUCUGCUCCUGAUAUAAUUGGCAGCACAUUGCACAUGAAUCACAGCCAUGGUAGUGGUGGGCAUAAUCAUGCAAUAGAUUUGGAACAUGCAGUCCUUGCAUUGAGUAUGACAACCUUAGCAAUAUCUAUCAAAGAAGGGCUCUAUUGGAUUACGAAAAGAGCUGGGGAGAAGGAAGGGAGUGGGCUGAUGAAAGCUAACGCAUGGCACCAUCGUGUGGAUGCUAUUUCAUCUGUUGUUGCCCUAGUAGGGGUAGGUGGCUCCAUUGUUGGAUUACCUUAUCUUGAUCCACUAGCUGGCCUUGUUGUCUCAGGCAUGAUUCUUAAAGCUGGUGUUCAGACAGGAUACGAGAGUACACUAGAGCUUGUUGAUGCAGCUGUUGAUCCAUCGCUUCUAGAACCAAUCAGGGAAACAAUUGUGAAGGUUGAUGGUGUAAAGGGGUGCCAUCGGUUGAGGGGAAGGAAAGCUGGGACCUCCUUGUAUCUUGAUGUGCAUAUCGAGGUAUAUCCUUUCUUGAGUGUCAGUGCAGCACAUGAUAUCGGGGAAACUGUCCGUCAUCAUAUACAAAAGACGCAUAAUCAAGUUGCCGAAGUUUUCAUACACAUAGACCCCUCAUAUUCAAUGGGUGCUAACGUGGACAAGAAAAGGAUUUUGGGGAACUUGGAGAGAAGAAAUUCAGACGUUAUUCCACGGCAACGAAGUGCAGAAGCUAUCGUGUCCGAUAUAAUUUCCUCUCAUUUUCCGAAGAAAAUGUGUCUUGAACAUCUGAUGCUGCAUUACUUACGAGGACGGGUGUUGCUUCAGGUCCAAGUUUCAAUGUCUCCAGAAAUUUUGAUUCGGGAUGCGAUGGACAUAGCAAAAAAAGCCGAGGAGGAGAUCAUGAAGGUUGACGCCAGCAUAUGUCAAGUCAGCGUACAGCUGAGAUUGGGGCAACGAAUUGAGCAACUUCAGCUGGCCGCAAGCAAAAGCGGAGCAAACGAUCUACAUGCAGAAAAGCAGUAGAACGGGGCGCAUAUCCUGCGCAGUGCAGCCAUGCUGGCUCAGUCAGCUGGGAUGGUAAUUUUGCUAAUCUUUCCGACAUGCAUCAACUGCAGUUGCUGCUGAGGCAGUGGACUAGGACAGCCCCUGUACAUUGUGUCUUGUUCGAGAUAUCAAAAGAAGUGAAAUAAUCUCGAAACAGGCUCUCACCCGCUUUAUAACCAACUAGCACAUGUGCCCGUGCUUGCAACGGGGAAAUAAAUAAAUGUGUCCUUCAAAACGCCCAUCGGUGGCAUGACGAGGUGUAGAAGAAAUACAUAUCAUGUUUUAGUCUCCAUUAACCAUGGUGAAUGGAUGUCAUGCCCGCUGAAUGAGUAGGAA